AUGGCUUCCCUGAGAGCCACAAUCUUUGAGCUCGCAGAGUGUGGGUUCUAUGGGAUUCCUGUCAAAAUCACCCUCGAGAACGGUAAGAAGGUCAGCUCGUUCCCGCGAUCCUAUGCGCACCUGACAACGGUCGAGAGGUGGAGGCAGAGCAUCGAUGGCAUCAUCGCCUCGCACGGGCGCGGCUGCAACAGCAUCGCGGUCCUGACGGGCAUCAGUGACCUCUUUGUUGUCGACAUUGACACCACAUCCGACUCCACAAAGCAGGCUGGAAUGGACCUCUGGAACAGGCUGGUGUUUGAGCACGGGGAGCCAAACACUCUCCGCGCAAAGACGGGGAGCGGUGGUCUCCACUUUUACUUCUCUGUCUCACAGACGCCCCGCCUGAAGCGGACCCGCAACUUCUCUGGUGUCAAGGUGGACGGCCAUACCCACGGCAUCGACGGGAGAGGGAGGGGAGGUGUCAUCUUCUGCCCUCCCAGCUCCUACACGGACGAGAACGGCACCCGUUACAGCUACUUUUGGGAGCACGGGGAGCCGCGGCUCGGCUGCAACGGCAUGCCGGACUGGCUGACCGAUCUGGUCAACGCGCAGGGCGGGGCGGCGCUUCCAGACCCGGACGAAGCACCCGGCGACCUUCAGGCUCUCCAGGCCUUCGCUCCCGAUCCCCAGGCCGGCCCGAGCGCCCUGCAGCUGCCAGUGGACCGUUCCAUUGUUCCACGCGGAGAGCCGUUCUUCACGGAGAGGGAACCGGCUCACUACGAUCUUGCAUCCGCCCCCAACGCGCUGAUUGUGAGCGGCAUCAGGGACCUGCUGCUCGAGAAGGCGGGUGACAGGACAAGCCGCUGCAGCAGCACGCUCGACCACGGCCCGUUUGGCACCUUCUACUGCUUCCGGGUCAGCGGGCCCCGCAUCUGCUUCCUCGGCCAGCAGCACGACGGGGCCAACAACUUCAACGUCCUCAAGCAGGGCAAACGGCUGCUCUAUCGGUGUCACGGCACCAUCUGCAGUCACGAGAAGGUCAAGCCGCUGGGCUACCUGCCCCUCGAGGUCGCACUGAUGGACGCGAGCUCGGAAGCAGUGGACGAUGCUAGCGAUGACUCCGUCUUCAACUUCCGGACAAUGUCCUCCAACAACCAGGCGCUCCUCCUCCGGCUGCUGGCGGAGAAGAUACGGGAGAACUACACCGGGUUGGGCCAGGUCUUUGCUUACGUCUACGCCAAGGAGGGGCGCAUCCUCGUGACAGACCCCAAGAGGACCUUCUACUUCUGGGACGGCAAGCAGUGGAUGCGUGACGACGGCGGGAAGGUCCAGAGCACCUUCUGCGUGCAGAUGGCCAGGCUGCUCAGGUGGUACGACCGUCAACGCGAUGCUCUCCUUAAGCGGAAGCUUAUUGAGGCGGGCGCCUGCCAAGAGGACGAGCCCAUGAGCUCGGUGAUCGCGGCUGCGCGGAAGAGCGACGCAAGGGUCAAGAAGGCAGAGGCCCAGGUGGAAGAGGAGCUGCCACGCAACAAGGUCAAUGUCAGCAACCCAAAGGAGGCGCGCAGCUGCCUGGAGUACUGCCAGAGUUUUUUCUACGAGCCGGAUCUCCUGUCAUACAUGGACAGGAACAAUGACAUCAUAAGCUGCCCCAACGGCAUCCUGGACCUUCGCACUGGCAAGCUCACCGCACCGCACCCCAGCCACAUGUGCACACGGUCUGCAGGCACGAGGUACAUGGGUGCCGGCUACGACACGAGCCGCUUCCAGGCGUUUGUGGACGACAUCUUCAACUCCGAGGCCGAGGUCGUCCAAUGGAUGCAGCUUUUCCUCGGGUACUGCCUUACGGGGCACACGAUCGAGGAGAUGUUUUGUGUGUGGUUCGGUUCAGGGGCAAAUGCGAAGGGCGCCCUUAAGCAAGCAGUUGCCAGGGCGUUUGGCACCUACUACACGGUGAUGAACAAGGACUGCUUCAUCAAGCCGGGAGGGAAGCGGGCGGAGGGCGCAGCGACCAGCCACAUCAUGCAGCUGAAGAGCGCCCGGCUUGCAAUCUGUGACGAGAGCGAGGAAGGACAGCAGAUCAACGGUGGAAUCAUCAAGGAGAUGUCCGGUGGAGGGGCCGUGACCGCACGCGAGCUCUUCUGCAAGCCAGAGACGUUUGUGCCAACGCACAAGGCCGUCCUCCUGACGAACCACAAGCCGGACAUCUCUGACGCGGACGAGGGACUCCUAAGUCGGAGGCUGUGUAUCGUUCCUUUCGUCAACUGCUACAAGCCACCCGGGGAGCUCGACCCCAACAAUCCGUUCCACAAGCCUCAGUGGUACCGCAGGCGGGAGCUCAACCCGGUGGCCAAGGUGCUGCAGCCCCUCCCAAGGACUCUGGCAGCGGCUUUCAGCGACUACAAGCUGGAGGCGGAUCAGCUCCAGCAGUUCAAUAUCAACGACUGCUGUGAGAUUGGGCCCGACUAUGCUGUCAGCUCCGCAGACUUUCUGGCUCAGUACGUUACAGAGAUGGGAGCAAGCAUCAAGCCACGUGCACUCGGUAUGGCCAUGCAUAAGAAGGGGUUCGCGCCCACAGAAGUGACGGUGGGUAAUGCUCGGAGGAGAGGCUUCAAGGGCAUUCGCCUCAAGGAAGUACUGGACUGA